GCUUAAAGGGCUUAUGUAAUGAAAAUAAGUGACGAGGGCUUACACAAGCAUUAGAAUCUUAUCUAAAGAACAUACUAAUCACGAGUGUACUUAUUAGCCGCCAACCGCCACCCAUCAAAAGACAUACACUAAGACUUGCACAUCCCUAAACCGAGCAAAAUCUCAUGGACUCGUCUCAAAAUGAUGGCGUAUACCAACCCCUUCUCCAGCCUGAUCAGCUUUCUCCGCCGCCGGAGUCAAACAACGGCGAGUUAGAGAGAGUGUUAACCGACGUUGAAACUCCCCUGUUUAUCCGCCUGCGUAAAGCCACGAUGAUUGAAUCCAAGCUUCUUUUCAAGCUUGCUGCGCCUGCGGUCAUAGUCUACAUGAUAAACUACCUCAUGUCUAUGUCAACUCAAAUCUUCUCCGGCCAUCUAGGAAACCUAGAACUCGCCGCCGCUUCUCUCGGAAACCGUGGAAUACAAGUCUUCGCCUACGGUCUCAUGUUAGGAAUGGGGAGUGCGGUUGAGACGCUAUGUGGACAAGCGUUUGGAGGUAAAAAAUACGAGAUGCUCGGCGUUUAUCUCCAAAGAUCCACCGUGCUACUCACUCUCACCGGCGUCCUCCUAACGUUAAUCUAUGUUUUCUCUGAAAACAUUUUACUAUUUCUCGGACAGUCUCCAGAAAUAGCUUCCGCCGCGUCUCUCUUCGUCUACGGUCUCAUCCCUCAAAUCUUUGCCUACGCUUUAAACUUCCCUAUCCAGAAGUUCCUACAGUCACAAAGCAUCGUUGCUCCGAGUGCUUACAUCUCAGCGGCCACUCUCUUUAUUCACCUUCUCUUAAGCUGGCUCGCUAUAUACAAGCUUGGGAUUGGGCUUCUUGGAGCGUCGCUUGUGCUCAGCCUCUCGUGGUGGAUUAUAGUGGCUGCGCAGUUUGUUUACAUAGUGACGAGUGAACGGUGUCGUGAGACGUGGCGAGGGUUUAGUGUGCAAGCGUUCUCGGGGUUACCGAGUUUCUUCAAACUGUCCGCGGCCUCCGCCGUGAUGCUCUGCCUAGAGACUUGGUAUUUUCAGAUCUUGGUUCUUCUUGCCGGACUUCUUGAGAAUCCGGAACUUGCUCUUGAUUCUCUCUCCGUUUGCUUGACGAUUGCUGGUUGGGCGUUCAUGAUAUCUGUUGGAUUCAACGCAGCGAUUAGUGUAAGAGUGAGUAAUGAACUAGGAGCUGGGAACCCUAAAUCAGCAGCGUUUUCUGUAAUCAUCGUCAACAUAUAUUCGUUAAUCAUAAGUGUGAUCAUAGCCACUAUAGUUUGGUUGUGCCGUGACAUUUUGAGCUAUGCGUUCACCGAAGGUGAAAAGGUCUCAGCUGCGGUUUCUGAUCUUUGCCCCUUUUUGGUUGUAACGCUUGUUCUCAAUGGAAUCCAACCUGUGCUAUCAGGUGUGGCGGUUGGAUGUGGUUGGCAAACGUUUGUGGCCAAAGUUAAUGUUGGAUGUUAUUACAUUAUCGGAAUUCCUAUUGGAGCUCUCUUUGGGUUUUACUUCAAGUACGAUGCCAAGGGUAUAUGGACGGGAAUGAUUGGUGGUACGCUUAUACAAACGGUUAUAUUGGUUUGGGUCAUAUUUAGAACAGACUGGACAAAAGAAGUUGAUGAAGCUUCUAAAAGGUUAGAUAAAUGGAGCAACAAGAAGCCAGAAAUCAUUUCUGAAUGAUGUAUUUAAGCUUUGCAUUGAAUAAACCCAAAAUAUUCUUUUUAUCCGGACAUAUUACAUGUAUGCAUUAUUACAAAAUGAGUAAUAUAUCUAUACUAUUAAAGCAGGAU